AGCCCGAAGAAAAGUUUUAAAACGUGUUUUUGAACUUCGUGAUGAACUCAAAAUAUUUUUUAAUCAGAAAGCAAGACCGCAGUUCGAAGAACUUUUCAGUGAUAAAAGUGAACUGCAGAAAAUAGCUUACUUGGUUGACAUCUUUGCCAUCUUGAAUGAGUUAAAUUUAUCACUGCAAGGACCAAAUGCAACAUGCCUCGAUUUGUCUGAAAAGAGCCGAUCAUUCCAAAUGAAACUUCAGCUUUGGCAAAAAACAUUAGAUGAAAAUAAAAUUUACAUGUUGCUUACCCUAUCUGCUUUCUUUGAGGAACAUGACAUUGAACCAGACAAAAGGAUUAUAAUGAUAAUUUCUGUGAAAGAACACUUGCACAUGCUUGCAGAAGAAAUUUCAUCGUACUUUCCAAAUCUACCUGACACCCCGUUUGCACUUGCCAGAAGCCCAUUCACAGUCAAAGUUGAAGAUGUUGCUGAGACAGCACAAGAGGAGUUCAUUGAACUUACUAACAAUGAUGCAGCGAGAACUGAUUUCUCUACAAUGCCAGUUAUAAAAUUCUGGAUCAAGUGUUUGCAGUCAUAUCCUUUUCUGUCUGAGACUGUGUUGCGCCUUCUUCUUCCAUUUCCAACAACAUAUCUUUGUGAAACAGGGUUUUCCAACUUGUUGGUUAUCAAGUCUAAAUACAGAAGUAGACUUGUUGUGGAAGAUGAUCUUCGUUUGUGCUCUUGCAUAGACUGCCCCGAGAAUUUCUGAUCUGGUGAGAAAGAAGCAAUCUCAACCUUCGCACUGAUGUUGGCGGCUUUUUACGCAUACUGUCGCAAAAUGUAGCAAUGUAGUUUACUGUUGUUAUAUUAAGACUGUUACCAUGCUAUACCAUGC